GCAAAUAGCAUGUUCACUACUUUGAUCUUUUGAAUUCUUCAAAUUGUUUUCUCGGUAAUUUUCAGGUCAAAAGUACGAGAGAAUCUCUGAAAAUAUUUUUGAAUGAGAAACUUACAAUUGGUGGCGGUCAAAAUUCAUUCAAAGUUAUCAAUGCUAUCAUAUAUAGAAUCGACUCUAGUAUGUCCAAGGAUUUUCUGGACAGUAGAUCUUUCUCCCAGCACAUGGCAUUUAACAUCAUUGGUGCAACUCUUUUUGGCGAUGCCUUCUUGGAUUGGUCUGACUCUGUUACUUAUGAGGAACUUCUUAUGAUGGUUGCAAAGGAUGGUUGCUUUUGGGCUUCUUAUGCAGUUUGUCCAUUUUGGAAGCCUAGUUAUAGGAGGUACCGGACCCUAUGUGCUAAGCUGAAGAUAUUGACAGAGAGCAUCAUAAGAAAAUCAAGAGACCAAAACAUUUCAGUUCAUCACUUUGAUCAGAGAUCCUAUCAGAAAAGCGAAGGGAUGAUGGCAGGCCAUUUUCUCCUUGGGGCUGCUGAAGGACCACGUAGUUCAGAAGAGGAGCUAUGUGGAAACACCAUAGGUUUGAUGUUGCACGGUAUUUCCGCUUCAGCUAACUUGAUUGGUAACAUUUUGACAAGGCUUUCCAUAUCCCCAAAGUUGCAAGAUCAGCUACAUGUGGAGAUUGCUGCAGCCUGCAAUGAAUCAUCUGAACUGGAGGUUGAUGAUGUGCUUAGGAUGCAAUUUCUACUUGCUACUGUAUGUGAAUCUGCUCGCCUUUUGCCUGCGGGACCUCUUCUGCAGAGGUGUUCAUUGAAACACGAUUUGACUCUUGGCUUGGGCAUCACUGUGCCAGCUGGAGCAAUAUUGGUAGUUCCUUUGCAUCUUGUCCAAAUGGAUGCUUCUGUGUGGGGCAAUGAUGCUGGCCAGUUCAAUCCUCAUCGGUUCCUCAAAAAGGACAUUGAUCUUGGAGAUAUAUUAACAGCGCCCAGUGGCUUGAAUGGGAUGAAUCUUUCCAACGACUGUGCUAAGACUGAGUCAUUUCUUCCAUUUGGUUCUGGAAGUCGAGCAUGUGUUGGCCAGAAGUUUGUGAUUCUUGCGAUAUCUAUGUUGAUUGCCAGUCUGCUCCGCAACUAUGAGGUACAGCCUCAUCCAAGUUUGUCUAAAGAAGUGGGCUCAGAAGUUGACAGCAGCAACUUUCACCAUCUUCCAAACUCUAAGAUCAUCCUCACAAAAAGGUUCUAACUGGAGGGUUUGGCAAAUGAAAAUUUGACGCAUUUGCUUUCACUAUAUUGUUUUUUACUGGUGUUACGCCAGGAUACGGUCUCUAGUUUCCUACCAUCGUUGGACCACGCUGAAGUUUGGAAAGGCGAUACUUUGCGAUGUGGAAGUUAUAUCUUUUUUCCCUCCAGAUUUUUGACAGACCCGGAGUGCUUCGUCCGAUCUAGUUUUUGUUGGAUUUUUGGAGCACCCACGGGCUGUUGGAUCACAAGAGGUGUAUGCUGAUGUAUGUGCAUAAACAAGUUGGGGUUUUUUAAGUUGGAGUUUUCUCCUCCCUCUAGGAGGAAUGUAAUGUCCAAUGUAUCAUGUUGUCUCGUACUGCUAAUGUAUUGUAUGAUACAUGUAAACAUGUCUCAGCUGUUCCUACAACAUAAUAAGUUGUGAAAAAAUUUAUACGGAUAUCA